AUGGCUGCCGAAAUUAAUAUGUUUUCGUUCCAAAAAAUGAUCUACAGUAAAAACAAUAAAUCUAAUAAAAAGUAUCCACCCGAAGAUAUCGCUUUUUUGGAAUUUAAAGAUGUUGAAUUCAAUCAAAGUGAUGAAUUUGGUGUAUUAUUUAACGAAGUUACUAUUGAUAAAAAUGAUUUGAAGUACAAAGUAAAUGUUGAAUUUAGAGAGGCGGAGACAAGUAAAAAUUAA